AUGGGGGGACAGCAGGCUUCACAGAGGACUUUGAAACAAUGCUGUGCACAGGGUUCCACGGUGUCCUUGGCUGUCUUUUUGUUAGUCUUAACCUUGCCAGUAGUGUUUAGUGAACUGUCUUAUACAACAUUUCACCCUGAGCACCGAGAAUGGGCCUUUAACCACUUGACUGUUCACAAGACAACAGGAGCACUCUAUAUUGGUGCUGUCAAUCGCAUCUACAAGUUAUCAGGCAACCUAACACUCCUAGUUUCCCAUGACACUGGUCCAGAAGAUGACAACAAGGCCUGCUACCCACCAUUGAUCGUUCAGCCAUGCACUGAACCACUGGUUUCUACCAGCAACAUCAACAAACUUUUGCUUAUCGACUACUCCCAGAACCGGCUGCUUGCUUGUGGGAGCCUGUACCAAGGUGUAUGCAAACUGCUACGGUUGGACGACCUCUUCAUUCUAGUGGAGCCCUCUCACAAAAAAGAGCACUACCUCUCUAGUGUGAACCAGACAGGAACCAUGUAUGGAGUCAUUGUGCCAUCUCAGGGUAAGGAUGGGACGCUCUUCAUUGGUACAGCUGUGGACGGAAAACAAGAUUACUUUCCGACUAUAUCCAGCCGUAAACUUCCAGGUGACCCGGAGUCUUCUGCUAUGCUGGACUAUGAGCUCCACACUGACUUUGUCUCAUCGCUCAUCAAGAUCCCCUCAGAUACGCUGGCAUUGGUCUCUCACUUUGAUAUCUACUACAUCUAUGGCUUUGCCAGUGGCAAUUUCGUCUACUUUCUGACCGUGCAACCAGAGACACCAGAGAACAGCAUGUCUUCCAGUGGGCCCUCAAAUGACCUGUUUUACACCUCCCGCAUUGUCCGGCUCUGCAAAGAUGACCACAAAUUCCACUCCUACGUGUCGCUACCAAUAGGUUGUGUCCGAAAUAGAGUAGAGUACCGUCUUUUGCAGGCAGCCUACCUGGGCAAGCCUGGGCGAGUGCUUGCGGGAUCCCUCAACAUUAGCGCUCAGGAUGAUGUGCUUUUUGCUGUCUUUUCCAAAGGUCAGAAACAGUACCACCACCCACUGGACGACUCUGCCCUCUGCGUCUUUUCCAUCCGGGACAUCAAUGCUCGUAUCAAAGAGCGCAUGCAGUCCUGCUAUCAGGGAGAGGGAAACCUGGAGCUCAACUGGCUGUUGGGAAAGGAUGUACCUUGUACCAAAGCGCCUGUGCCUAUUGAUGACUCCUUCUGUGGUUUGGACAUCAACCAGCCCCUUGGCGGCUCUCAGCUGGUGACCGGACACACACUGUAUACAGAAACCAGGGAUCGCAUGACCUCUGUGACCUCCUACGUCUACAACGGCUACUGCGUGGCUUUUGUUGGCACCAAGAGUGGGCGGCUGAAAAUGAUCCGAGUUGAUGGUCCUCCACAUGGUGGUGUCCAAUAUGAAACCCUGCCAGUCAUUAAAGAUGGAAGCCCUGUUCUCAGAGACAUGGCUUUCUCCCUGGACAACAGCUACAUCUAUGUCAUGUCAGAGAGACAGGUAACGCAGGUGCCGAUUGAGUCAUGUGAGCAGUACGGCACGUGUGGAGAGUGUUUGAGCUCAGGGGAUCCGCACUGUGGCUGGUGUGUGCUGCACAACAUAUGUUCACAGAGGGACCGUUGCGAGAAAGCAAAUGAGCCAUAUCGCUUUGCCGCCACAAUAAGGCAGUGUGUAAAAGCUACAGUGUACCCAGACAGCAUUGCAGUGUCUGAACCCAGCGUACCGCUGCUAGUGAAAGUGUCAGAUGUUCCGGAUCUUUCCGCUGGAAUCACCUGCUCUUUUGGGAACCUGACAGAAGUUGAAGGAAGAGUGAAUGGGAAUCAGAUUCUUUGCACCUCUCCUGCCGCUAAAGAUGUUCCCAUCAUCCCCACCGAUCAAGACUGGUCUGGUGUGGAGCUCAGACUGAACUCAAAGGAAACGGGUCAGAUGCUGAUUAGCACCGAAGUGAAGUUUUACAACUGCAGCGUGCACCAGCUGUGUCUUUCCUGUGUGACCAGUUCAUUCCGCUGUCACUGGUGUAAGUACAGAAACCUCUGUACCCACGACCCCUCCAGCUGCUCCUUUCAGGAGGGACGCGUCAACGCUUCUGAGGACUGUCCUCAGCUUGUCCGCUCUGAAGAGAUUCUGAUCCCGGCAGGGGAGGUGAAGCCAAUCACCUUGAAAGCCCGGAAUCUUCCGCAGCCUCAAUCGGGUCAGCGCGGGUACGAGUGUGUGUUACACAUACAAGGAGUCAGUCACAGGGUCACCGCGCUCAGGUUCAACAGUUCCAGCGUUCAGUGCCAGAACAGCUCGUAUCUGUACGAAGGGAUGAGAAUUAGUGAGCUGCCGGUGGAUUUUUCGGUGGUCUGGAAUGGAAACUUCAUUAUAGAUAAUCCUGAGAACAUCAAAGUGCACCUGUAUAAGUGUGGCGCUCAGAGGGACAGCUGUGGUGUGUGUUUGAAGGCCGAGAGGAAGUUCCAGUGCGGCUGGUGCAGUAUGGAGGGCCGCUGUACCCUACGCCAGCACUGCCCCAUGUCCAACCCGUACACCAGCCGUUGGCUACACCUCGCCAGCACAAAUGUGAAGUGCACCAACCCCCGCAUCACAGAGGUGACCCCAAUGGCCGGACCCCCAGAAGGAGGCACCAGAGUAACCAUCCGUGGUGUGAACCUGGGUCUGUCCUUCUCCGACAUGGUCAACAAUGUGCAGGUGGCAGGCAUCCAGUGCACCCCACAGGAGAACGGCUACAUCAUUGCUGAACAGAUUGUGUGUGAGAUGGAUGCUACUCCUGCGGACACCAAACCCGGUCCAGUUCAUUUGUGCGUUGGAGAGUGUAAGCCAGAGCUCCAGACCCGUUCUUCCCAGCUCUAUUCCUUUGUGAUGCCAUCUGUCACUGGGUUGUCCCCCAGUCGGGGUCCAGAGUCAGGAGGAACUAAGGUGACCAUCAUGGGAGUAAACCUUGGAGCAGGCAGCAGCGUCACUGUGCUUUUUGGAAACCAGACUUGCGAGUUUUACAAACGAACUAUGACGGAGAUCUUGUGUUAUUCAGCGCCUUCACUAACGGGGGUUGGUCCCGUUCAGAUCAGCGUGAGCGUGGAUCGCGCUCAAGUCAGGGAAAGCCUGACAUUUGAGUAUAUAGAUGACCCAACUGUUCAACGCAUCGAACCAGAGUGGAGCAUCGCUAGUGGACACACGCCUUUGGUGGUGACCGGGACGAACUUGGAUGUCAUACAGGAGCCGAGGAUUCGGAUCAAGUAUGGUGGGCGAGAAUCCGUAAACGUGUGUAAAGUUCUGAACACCACUUCUAUGAGCUGUUUCGCUCCUUCUUUGAUGGCCGAGUACAGGCCUGGUCUGGACUCAGUCAAGCACGCAGAUGAGUUUGGCUUUAUCUUCAAUAACGUGCAGGCUCUUCUAGUGUACAACAACACUAACUUCCUGUACUACCCUAACCCUUACUUCGAACCGCUCAGCACCAAUGGCAUACUGGAGCAGAAACCUGGCUCCCCUAUUAUUUUAAAGGGUAAGAACCUGGUUCCUGCUGCCUCUGGAGGUGUGAAGCUUAACUACACUGUUCUCAUAGGAGAGACUCCCUGUUCUGUCACCAUAUCUGAAUCUCAGCUGCUGUGUGAGCCGCCUAACCUCACCGGCCAAUACAAAAUCAUGGUGCAGGUUGGUGGUCUUCACGUGUCCCCAGGCUCAAUAAACAUCCUCUCUGACAGUCUCCUGACUCUCCCUGCCAUUGUAAGCAUCGCUGCCGGCGGUGGUCUUCUGCUCAUCAUCGUCAUCCUCGUGCUGAUUGCCUACAAGCGUAAAUCCCGUGAAAAUGACCUCACUCUCAAGAGACUCCAGAUGCAAAUGGACAACCUGGAGUCCAGAGUCGCAUUGGAGUGCAAGGAAGCUUUUGCAGAACUGCAGACAGAUAUCAAUGAGUUAACCAGUGAUCUGGACCGAGCUGGUAUCCCUUAUCUGGAUUACCGCACCUAUGCCAUGAGAGUCCUGUUUCCCGGAAUCGAGGACCAUCCUGUGCUCAGAGAACUAGAGGUGUCUGGUAAUGGGCAGUCGAGUGUGGAGAAAGCUCUUAAGCUGUUUGCCCAGCUGGUAAACAACAAAGUAUUUUUGUUAACAUUCAUCCGCACGCUGGAAAUGCAGCGCUCCUUCUCCAUGCGUGACCGUGGCAACGUGGCGUCUCUCAUUAUGACGGCUCUCCAGGGUCGACUCGAGUACGCCACGGAUGUGCUGAAACACCUGCUGUCCGACCUCAUCGACAAAAACCUGGAGAGCAAAAACCACCCCAAGCUACUGCUUAGAAGGACGGAGUCUGUAGCUGAGAAGAUGCUAACCAACUGGUUUGCUUUCCUGCUUCAUAAGUUUCUGAAGGAGUGUGCAGGUGAGCCUCUCUUCAUGCUCUAUUGUGCUAUCAAACAGCAGAUGGAAAAAGGCCCUAUAGAUGCCAUCACAGGAGAGGCGCGAUACUCUCUCAGCGAAGACAAACUCAUCAGACAACAGAUCGACUACAAGACACUGAUCUUAAACUGUGUCAACCCAGAGAAUGAGAACAGCCCAGAGAUCCCUGUGAAGGUUCUGAAUUGUGACACAAUCACGCAAGUCAAGGAGAAGAUUCUUGAUGCUGUGUAUAAGAACAUGCCCUAUUCACAGAGACCCAAAUCUGUGGACAUGGAUCUGGAGUGGCGACAGGGACGUAUGGCCCGAGUGGUCUUGCAGGAUGAAGACAUCACUACUAAGAUUGAAAAUGAUUGGAAGAGGCUCAAUACUCUAAUGCAUUAUCAGGUAUCAGACCGCUGUGUGGUUGCUUUGGUACCUAAGCAGACAUCCUCCUACAACAUUCCACCCACGAGCAUCUCCAGAACUUCAAUAAGUCGAUAUGACUCGACUUUCCGGUAUACAGGAAGUCCAGACAGCCUCCGGUCUCGUGCUCCCAUGAUCACCCCAGACCUGGAGAGUGGAGUUAAAGUCUGGCACCUGGUGAAGAACCAUGAGCAUGGUGACCAGAAGGAAGGAGACCGAGGCAGCAAGAUGGUAUCUGAGAUCUAUCUCACCCGCCUGCUAGCUACUAAGGGUACUCUGCAAAAAUUUGUGGAUGAUUUGUUCGAGACACUUUUCAGUACGGUGCACAGAGGUAGUGCGUUACCAUUAGCUAUCAAAUACAUGUUCGACUUCCUGGAUGAGCAAGCAGACAAGCACGGCAUCCAUGACACUGACGUCCGCCACACCUGGAAAAGCAACUGCCUUCCUCUGCGUUUCUGGGUGAAUGUGAUCAAGAAUCCCCAAUUUGUGUUUGACAUCCAUAAGAGCAGCAUCACGGACGCGUGUCUGUCCGUGGUGGCUCAAACCUUCAUGGACUCUUGUUCCACAUCUGAACACAGACUGGGGAAAGACUCACCCUCUAAUAAGCUGCUUUAUGCUAAAGAUAUCCCCAACUACAAGAACUGGGUAGAAAGGUACUAUGCUGACAUUAACAGACUGCCAGCCAUCAGCGAUCAGGACAUGAAUGCCUAUCUGGCAGAACAGGCACGACUGCACUCCAAUGAGUUUAACAUGCUCAGUGCUCUCAAUGAGAUUUACUCCUACAUUAGCAAGUACAGCGAAGAGAUCACGGCUGCAUUGGAACAGGACGAGACGGCGAAGAAACAGCGACUGGCUUACAAAGUGGAGCAGCUCAUUGGCGCCAUGUCAUUGGAGAGCUGAGAACUAAAGAAAUUGUGGAACUAAGGACGGAAGACCUUCAAACAAUCAAAC